UAAUUUUUACUCGUAUUUGAGAGAGAAUUGCAGCAAUGAGUUUUCGGAACGAUUGGGUUGCCGCUAAUUGUUUCGGCUGAAAACCCAAAUUAGCCUCAACUUCAGGAAAUUAUUUACCGAAAUCCCAGCCUAUAUAUUAUGUAUCUCAUCAGUCUUGGUUAUUUCACGGUAUUCACUUUUCUUCUCUGUUAUUGCUCUGUUGCUCUCUCCGAUUAUCGUCGUCGUUCUGCAUCACGAUUUUCAGCUUAUCCAAAUAGGCUUAGUUUGAGAAGCUGAGCCUAAACAGGAGACCCGACCCAAGCUCACCUGACCCAAGCUGUGCCUCUAUAGGUCUUUGGUGGAGUUAAUUUGCAGCUUUUUUUAUGCAUCAUGAACUGGGGUUGUAAUGUACCAUGGGCCACAGCCUAGUAUUUAUUGAGGCCUAAGCAGGUUUUUGUGGCCAAUCAUACCUCCAUGAUUGAUUUCAUUGUCUUAGAACAGAUGAUUGCAUUGCUGUUAUUAUGCAGAAGCAUCCUGGAUGGUUUGGUAAGUGUUAACUGCCAAAAUUUGCACUUAAAUUACAUUCUUAUUGUAAAUAAGUUAUAGCAGUUUAACAAUAACAACCAUGAAGCAAUGUUGCCUAUCUUGGGUGUUGUUCUGACAAAGUGACAAACCUGCCAUGUUGGGACUGGGACUGGAAGAGAACCAUGACUUGCAAGCUUUCUAAACAUGAGAAACACAUUGGACAUCCGUACGGUGGCCAAUCGUUACGCCGCACAACUGCAACUAUGUUGCUCCCAAAGAUCAACCUCUUACUGCAUAGCUCAAACCAUCCAUGCCCAUAUGAUAGCUUCUGGGUUCAAGCCACGUGGCCACAUCCUCAACCGUCUGAUGGAUAUCUAUUGCAAAUCAUCCAAUAUUGCCUAUGCUCUCCACCUGUUCAACAAAAUUCCUGAACCAGAUAUAGUGGCAAGAACGACGUUGAUUGCUGCAUACUCUACUGCAGGGAAUCUAAAGUUGGCUCAGGAAGUAUUUGGUGGAACCCCACUCAGUACACGAGACACGGUUUUUUACAAUGCAAUGAUCACAGCUUAUUCCCAUAAUAAUGAUGGUCAUGCUGCUAUUGAACUCUUUCGUGACAUGAGGCGAGACGACUUUAGGCCUGACAAUUACACUUUCACUAGUGUACUUGGUGCCUUGGCACUAAUAGUUGAGGAUGAAAAGUAUUGCCAACAGAUGCAUUGUGCAGUGCUAAAGUCGGGAACAGUUUUUGUUACUUCAGUGUUGAAUGCGCUUAUAUCCGCUUAUGUUAAGUGCGCAUCUUCACCAUUAGCAUCAUCGUCUUUAAUGAUGGGUGCAGCUAAAAAGUUGUUUGAUGAGAUGCCUAAUAAGGAUGAGUUAACAUGGACAACAAUGAUUACGGGGUAUGUAAGGAACAACAAUCUUGAUGCAGCCCGUGAAAUUCUUGAUGGGGUGACUGAAAAUAUCGGGGUUGCAUGGAAUGCAAUGAUUUCAGGUUAUGUGCACCAUGGUUUUAUUCAUGAAGCAUUAGAAAUGUUUAGGAGGAUGCAUUUGAAGGGGAUUCAGCAUGAUGGGUUUACCUACACGAGUGUAAUCAGUGCUUGCGCUUAUGCUGGAUUGUUCAAACAUGGAAAGCAAAUGCAUGCUUUCAUUUUGAAAACAGAAGAGAAACAUGAACCAGAAUUUUCGUUGUCUGUGAAUAAUGCAUUGGUUUCACUAUACGGGAAAUGUGGUAAAGUUGAAGAGGCAAGGGAGAUUUUUAAUAAGAUGCUCAUAAGAGAUCUUAUUUCAUGGAAUGCAAUCUUGUCUGCAUAUGUUAAUUUAGGGCGCAUUGUGGAAGCUAAGUCCUUUUUUAAGGAGAUGCCUGAGAGGAACCUUCUGUCAUGGACAGUGAUGAUAUCUGGUUUAGCACAAAAUGGGUUUGGAGAGGAAGGUUUGAAGCUGUUCAACCAAAUGAGAAUAGAGGGUUUUGAGCCAUGUGAUUAUGCAUUUGCAGGAGCAAUUACAUCUUGUGCGAUGCUUGGAGCUUUGGAGCAUGGACGUCAGCUCCAUGCUCAACUAGUUAAGUUGGGGCAUGAUUCAAGCCUCUCAGCUGGAAAUGCACUUAUCACAAUGUAUGCUAGAUGUGGCAUUGUUGAGGCUGCAAAUUGUGUGUUCCUUACAAUGCCUUGUUUAGAUUCGGUAUCUUGGAAUGCCAUGAUUGCAGCUUUAGGACAACAUGGACAUGGUCUCCAAGCAAUAGAACUUUUUGAACAGAUGUUGAAGGAAGAUAUAGUACCUGAUCGAAUAACUUUUCUCACUAUUCUCUCUGCUUGCAGCCAUGCUGGUUUAGUCAAAGAAGGACAUUGUUAUUUCAAUUCAAUGCGUGGUUGUUACAAUAUAACACCGGGUGAAGAUCAUUAUGCUCGAUUGAUUGACUUGUUGGUUCGAGCUGGGAAGUUUUCAGAAGCAAAUGAUGUGAUUGAAUCAAUGCCUUUUGAGCCAGGUGCACCAAUUUGGGAGGCUCUUCUUGCUGGUUGCCGAAUUCAUGGGAACAUGGAUUUAGGGAUUCAAGCUGCUGAACGACUCUUUGAACUAAUGCCACAACAUGAUGGGACCUAUGUACUUUUGUCAAACAUGUAUGCCACUGCAGGCAGGCAGAAUGAUGUGGCUAAGGUACGGAAAUUAAUGAGGGACCGGGGUAUUAAGAAAGAGCCUGGUUGUAGUUGGAUUGAGGUUGAAAGCAAGGUUCAUGUGUUCCUGGUUAAUGAUACUGUGCACCCAGAGGUGCAAGCUGUGUAUAAUUAUCUAGAGCAAUUGGUACUUGAAAUGAGAAAACUUGGUUAUGUCCCUGACACAAAGUUUGUGCUGCAUGAUAUGGAGGAAGCACAAAAGGAGUCUGUCUUGUAUACUCAUAGUGAGAAGCUUGCAGUUGUUUUUGGGCUUAUGAAGCUUCCUCUAGGAGCCACAAUUAGGGUUUUCAAGAACCUUAGGAUUUGUGGGGAUUGCCAUAAUGCAUUCAAGUUCAUGUCAAAAGUAGUAGGGAGAGAGAUAGUUGUAAGAGAUGGGAAGAGGUUUCAUCAUUUUAGAAAUGGUGAAUGUUCUUGUGGCAAUUACUGGUAGCUGGAUAUUUUGUCAGCCAAUUAUCUUUGCGAAGUUACAAUCAAAGAGAGAAUGCCCUAUUCCUCUUGUUCUUUUUGAUAGCCCCAAGGUGGUAAUUUAUAAAAUGGUCAUUCUUGCCAAUUAUGGAUCGAACUGCUGAAACACAUAAUUACCCCCAAACUACUUUUGGAAGACCACCCAAAGGACGAUGCAUGAGUUUUUCACUUCUGUCUGGAUUUUCUUUUACAAAAGAUGUUGAAGCUCAAUACUGCAAAUACAUAAGUGUUUUGGAUACCAUAGUGGUGUGCUCCAAAAGGUUGAUAUACCAUUUUUGUUUUGACGUUAGGAAAAUAAUAUAAUUGUUGGUUAAGCCACUAAUUUUGAAUAUGAAAUUUGUUGAUAUUGCCCUGAUGGCAACUGUACUCAUUACAUUAAAUAGGUGACUUAUUAUAAAAUUUCUCAGAAAGUUAUAACAGUCCUGCCAAUCAGCUAGAGCUCAAUGCACUUCUUUCUCCUGUAAUAAUUUGUUGGAGGGUGAGGUCGAGGGUUCAAGACCCAUCGGUGCAUGUGUAACUUACCAAUUCAAAAAAGUACUAACAGUCGCAGUAAUGAUUUAUGGUUA